AUGAGAGACGAAAUUGCAACAGCAGUUUUUUUUGUCACGAGAUUGGUGAAAAAGCACGAGAAACUGAGUACACAACAGAUAGAAGCCUUUGCACUAAAGCUGAUGACCGUGUUGUUUGAAAAGUACAGAGGUCACUGGCACCCUGACUGCCCUUCCAAGGGGCAGGCUUUUAGGUGUAUCAGGAUAAACCACAAUGAGAAUAAAGACCCUGUUUUAGAAAGGGCUUGUUCUGAGAGUAAUGUGAAUUUUUUUCAUCUGGGACUUCCAAAGGAGAUGACCAUAUGGGUCGAUCCCUAUGAGGUGUGCUGUAGGUAUGGUGAGAAAAAGCACCCCUUUACAAUUGCUUCUUUUAAAGGUAGAUGGGAGAACUGGGAAUUGGCUCAGCACAUCAGCUGUGCGGUUAACAGAGCCACAGGAGACUGCUCUUCCGGCACAUCUUCUGAUGAAGAAAGCUGCGGCAGGGAGGCCCAAGUCAUUCCCAAAGUGAACAACCCGAAGAGCGUCUACCAGGUUGAAAACUUCAAACAGUCCUUCCAGCCAUGGUUCUGCCUCCCCCGCAGUAGAAAGCAUUUGGCAGAUGGCCGUGGGUGCCUACUGGGGGAUGCCUAUCACCCAGUGCCCAAGAGCUCUAAGUGGUGCAGGCCUACAGGGCGUCGGGUGGACAGGUAUCACUGGGUCAACGCACAAUUGUUCAGUGGUCAGACAGCACCAGGGGAGCCUGGAGAAGAGGCCUUGUCUUCCCUAAAGCAAAAAUGA